UUUCAGUAUGCACUUUAUAGGCGGGACCUAAUCGGAAUACAGGUGGGCAAGAAUUAAUCCCCGUUUGACGGUGUUUAGUUGGCCGCAAGUGGAGGCGAUUUGUAUUGGAGAUGAGUUUUGAGUGGCCCUGGCAGUACAAUUUCCCCCCGUUUUACACACUACAGCCCAAUGCUGACACCAGGCAGAAGCAGCUGGCGGCUUGGUGCUCUCUCACCCUGUCAUACUGCAGACACAGGAAACUCUACACUAUGGACGUACUGGAGGUACAGGAGAGCCCCAUGUUCAACAACAAGAAGAUCGAGAGAAAACUUUCCGUCGAGUCCAUACAAGUCGUCUUUGAGGAACUGAGGAAAAAAGGGAACCUGGAAUGGAUUGACAAAAACAAAACACGCUGUUUAAUCAUGUGGCGAAGACCUGAGGAAUGGGGCAAGCUGAUUUAUCAAUGGGUGUCUAAAAAUGGCUUGGUCAACUCUGUGUUUACACUUUAUGAGCUGUCUAACGGCGAUGACACAGAAAGCGAAGAGUUCCACGGGCUGGAGGAGUGGAUGCUGAUGCGUGCCCUGCAGGCCUUGCAGGCUGAAGGCAAAGCAGAGAUCAUCACGAUGGACGAUGGCAAAGGAGUCAAAUUCUUCUGAUUAACCAAGUCAAUUUUUUUUCUUGGACAGUGUUGAAAGCCCAGUUUUUAUUAUAUGUUUCGAUCUAUUGGGUUCAUCACUCUGAUGGACAGGGCUUUAGGCUUUGGAUAUCCUGGCGCAUGACUUUCAAAUGCAGAAACCUGAAAGAAAAAGGAAGAAAGAAAAAAAAAGUUCUCAGUCUUAAGAUGGGAGUGGAAACCCAGCCCAAAGCAUCAUAGCACUCCAUUACGCAAUCGUUGCAUUGACCGUCAUGAUGUAUGAUAGAUCUGUAUAGAUAAACCUAAAUACAUUAAUAAUUUCCUUGUUGGAACUAUUCCGAAUUUUACAACUGACAAACUGGAGACGAUUUAGAAGCCUAUUCAGUGAGUCUAUUCAUGUCUAUUUUUAAGUCAGUUUAAUUUUCUCUUACUUUUAAUGCUGUAAAUUCUGGUAGACUCUCAUUCUACUUAAAUAUCUCCUCUAUGUGAUUCCACAAAACUUCUAAUUCUUACUGGGAGUCACCUGAUGCUUCCUUUAAAAAACUCAUGAACAUACAAACCAAUUGUCCUUUUGCCAGUUCUGGCAGUUCGGUUGCUGAAACUUUCCAGUAGCACUGUUCUUCGUAUCUGUGGCUGUAUAACACCACCUUUAAUACCAUGAUAAUACUGUAAAAAUAAAAUAAGAGGGUUUUCUUUUCUCA